UAGAACUGCCACACUUCAGUCGUUCAAUGCCUCUGACGCGUGGUGCGUAUGUUUUGUUGUUAUCGCGCAAGUUCGUCGUGUAAAUACAUUCCAUCAGUCAAUCGAAGGCAUCGAAGGUUGUUUUCUAUUAAAUUUCUUCACUUCAUCGCAUGUGUCAGGAGGGAAAAAAGUGCAUUCAAUCAUAACACGUGUAUAUAGACUUUUUUGUACAUGUAGUCAUGUGGAUGGACCGUGAGGCGGUGUUACAUGUAUAAUUGUCUAUUUAUAAUUUUCUUUACAAUUGAUGUCGGUAGCGGACUUACUACUCUAAUCGCAGGCGAACAGGUUCCGUCGGUUGACGAUCGACCAUCACUGCACGUAUAUUCACUCCGGUUGGUGACAAAUCAAGUGCGAACUUUGGAUGACAUGUUAGUGAUAAAAGCAAAACAAGGUGUUAUUGCAAAAGCUGGAUCCAAAGUCCUUUGCCUGAAUCGCACCGGGUACAACAUCGACCUCGUUCGGCACGAAUAAUAUGCGAUAAGAGAGAAAGCCAGCUGGAAUAGCAGUUAAAUUCAAUUGAAUCACACCUUAUCGCACUUCAUUCAUACGGCAGAAGUUGGUUAUAAUUGCAGAAUUAGCGAAAGAAGCGUCAUUGUAAUUGUAAUGUCGGGCAAGAUUAAAGCAACACCGAUCGAUAGCGGCAAAGGCGACGGCGGGAGUGAAUCCAGCAGUGCCAUUCUGCCAACAACAUCCGGUAGUGAGCAUGAACGACUCGUAGAUACGCAACCGAUGGUUAGCUCGGAUGAUUUAUACUUGUUCGAAUCGCUGAUUGAGCUAUGCAGAAACAAUAUAAAAUACUUUGAAGGUGAUGAAAGCGAAAAUGGGCUCAGAAUUCAUGGCGCUUUCGUGGGGUUAAUCGAUCAUAUUGAGACUGCGAAGCCGUUGGUGAAGGAAGUUCAGGAGUUCGUACAUGAAUAUGACUUCGAUGAGGACACCCCCGGAAAUGGAUUUAGGAGUUUUCUAUACGUCGUCGAUAGUUGCGUUAAGACUACGUUGAAGCUAGCUAGAUACGUUAUGGAAAAUCGAGGAACGAUUCUGUUUCGGAAAACCGUCUACGUAAAGGAGGUUGAAGCAUACAAUCAUUUGAUGGCAAGCCUGUGCACGUGUCUGAAGCAUUGCCAAACGCUACGAGAGUGGACCAAAUCUGGAGAACUGUUUCCUGAUGGUAGGUCAGUCGAAGAACUGCUCGGUAAAGCGGACACUAUCAACCAGUUCUGUUUCUACGGACGAUGUCUCGGCUUUCAGUUCUGCGAAUCAAUGAGGCCGUUGCUCAAAUUUAUUUCCAUUGGAAUGGCUGGUUUCUCCGAGGGAUACUAUUCCGAGGGAGGCAAAAUCUCCAAGGCUACAAGUUUGAUGUACACCAGCACCAAGUAUAUGCUGGAUCCGGAACUUCGUGCCCGACGGAUCGUCAAUAUCUCACAGCAUUCCAACGUUGACUUUUGCAAGGCUUUCUGGUUUCUGGCUGAAUCCGAGCUGAUGCACUCGCUACCAUCCUUUGUAGGAUUCAAGGUUAAGGUGAGUCGUGUUAUCACUAUACCUCCAGAACCAAUCCAACUGAAAGCGGAGAAGUCUGACGAGUUAAUCAGCAUCCCGAUUCCCCAGAGCCACGGUGGAGCAGGCCCAGUCAAAGCCCGACUUAUCAGUGCAGUCAAGCGUAAAGGUAUGAUUGGUGAGAAGGUUAACACGCGCAGUACAAUUCACCCCCAGUCGACCGGGCUGCUUUUUCACUGCCACGGGGGAGGAUUCGUUGCUCAAAGUUCCAAAUCUCACGAAGCGUAUCUUCGAGAGUGGGCUGUCACGUUGAACAUUCCCAUCCUAUCGAUUGAUUAUAGUCUUGCACCGGCGGCUCCUUUCCCACGUGCUCUGGAAGAGGUAUUCUACGCGUACUGCUGGGCACUGAAGAAUUGCGAACUACUAGGAACAACUGCAGAGAAGAUUAUCUUCGCUGGCGAUUCAGCCGGUGCUAACUUAAAUCUGGGUUGUGCGAUGAGAUGCAUAGAGAUGGGCAUUAGACGACCGGAUGGAAUUUUCCUUGCUUACUGUCCAGUGUUGAUCAGUUUCGUCCCGAGUCCCGCUCGAAUGCUGUGCCUGAUGGAUCCGCUGUUGCCGUUCGGGUUCAUGAUGCGAUGCUUGAAGGCUUACGCAUGCCCAAGCAGGGAGGUUCUAGAGCAAAAUCAAAAGCGAUACGCAGAGAGGCAAGCAAUUGUCAAUGCGGGUUGGGAAAACACGUCUGUUGGCGCACCGAAGAAACUGGAACUUAAUGGAAAGUUGAUCGGCAAAGCGAUCGUCGAUGAAGACAACAAGUCAGACCGUUCAGAAUCUCCAGAAAAUUCCGCAUGGGAUCAGCUGAAUAGCUUGAAUACCAUACAGUUGAACCAUCAGCACCUAAGUCCGAUGAGCGACACGGUGAGUGAUACAAUUGCGUUGCAAGGUCAAACCGUAGGGAAUACGAUCGAUCUGAUGAGCCCAGACGAGAGCAAUACCAUAACGUCUCUGGAGGAGGAUUCUCAGCCGAUCACGCUGCAGCAGGUCAAUUUGAAAACAGAACAGAGCAAUGUGACGGUGAUGGACGAUUUGGAUAUGGACCUGCCCAGCGACAUGAGCUCGGAGCAGAAUACCAACAAAUAUGUGUCGGAUUUCAUCGAGAGAUACGUCCUAGACACAACCACAAAUGCUGCCGGAGAAAUCGAACCCAUCCUGCGACCGAUUUCACGAUCAGCUUCGGAGGAAAACAUCGUUAUGGACAUCGGGCGGGAAGCGAUCAGCGUUCAGAAUCUGCAAGAAAAAGUCACCAACGUGGCCAGCAACCUGGUGAAUCGGGUGUCCUCAACGUUCAAUGCCAUCACGACAUCAAAACCAAUAGCGAGCAGCGGUUCGCAGACCGAACUCCACUGCAAUAUGGAGGCAUUGAUCGCUCGCAGUCCUUCGGACGAGUUCAUCUUCGAGGUGCCGAAAGAUUCUCACAUGUCGCCUUUUUGGGCCACGGACGAAGUGUUGAGUCAGUUUCCUCCGACGAAAAUUUUGUCGGUUGUAUUGGAUCCAUGCCUGGAUGAUUGUGUGAUGUUUGCCAAAAGACUGAAGAAACUGAACAAUCCAGUCUCGCUGGAUAUCCUCCCGGGGCUUCCACACGGUUUUCUCAACUUUGCAUCGAUAUCCAAAGAAGCACACGAGGGCUCGAAACUUUGCGUUCGUCGUAUUUCAGAGUUGCUAGAAGUAUCCAUUCCGGCCGAAGACGGCGAGACCAAGACAUGCUGUUAACAAUUCCGUACCUGCCUCGCCGGAUCAAAGCUAUUGUUUCGCAAAGGUAGUGAACGCAUCGCAAACGUUUAGGUACUAGCGUCUUGCACCUACACAUCACACUAAUGAUACUAAUUCAUUCUGAUAUUGAUGAAGCUACUUUAGAGGCUAUUUACGGUGGAACGAAACCAUCAUCCGGGGAAGACCUACAUUCCCUGGGUAUGGGUUCGUACUAUCGCUUUUUAUAAGAAUAAAAUACAUUUGUGACACGAUAACAAAAUUAUUGAUAUUACCUUUGGAACCUCCUAUUUGGCGGCAUAUGCAUUUUUGCUUGCUAACCCAGUCCGUAAUCGAUGGAAAUAUAAUUUCCCGCCCGAUUGUAAUUAAUUGGCCUUCGCUUAGGGUCCAACAUUGAUUGCUAACAAUUUUCAAUUAGGCAAAUAAGGUACCUUAGUUGUUUGUUACCCAUAAACAGCAUAGAAAACGCACGUGUUAUGUACAUGAAAGUUAAAAACGAUUAGCUCAACAAAUAAUUCGCAAUAUUACACAGCGAAGCAAUACCACAAACCAUUGCUAGAUUAGCAAACAAGCAAGUCAAUAGUCAAAAGCAAUCUCACAGAAACAAUCUACCUAAGUUUGUGUUACCGAAGUAAACUGAAUGGAUAAUCAUAUUAUGUUACGAUAUAACAAAAAAAAAUCAGCUAGACCGAUCCACCUUUUGCUCAGAUAUUGUGCCCGACAAGUGACUAUUUUUACUCGAAAAUUGAAUGAUGAUAUUAUUGUGCAAUUGGCUUUAAUUUACUCUGAGAAACAAAAACAAAAAAACAAAUAUUUCUAAUCUUUUUAUCCGGAUGAAAGUGUUAAAAAUACCAAAGACAAAUUAGUGCACAUAUUUUGAUGAAUGAAACGUGUUUUCUUACCUUCUGGAACGGAAAAGGCAACUAUAUUACUUUGUAUGGAAUAAAUUCAUUUUUUUUCAACCAGGUUUAUGGAAGAACAUUAUUACAUAAAAUAUAUAUAUUUACAAGAGAAACUACUUUAAACCGAAACCAAAACAUACACAAACAUAGAAUGGUAAAAUGAAUGUUCCUAUCGACUAAACAUUUCAAAUAUUACCGUUGUUGGAGCAAAUAGAAAAGAACAAGUUACACACUUCAUAUGUUGAAUAAAAUUUACAAAUGUUAUUGUAAACAUUAAACAAGAUCAAAAAUUCGUACGAUAAACAAAUAAAUAAAUUUGUGAAUGAA